AUGGCAGAAAUUCCCCCCUCAUCCAUCCCAGCUGAUCUCCCUCCCACCUACGAGUGGCGCCGCCAUAACGGCGGCGUGGAUCUCUCCCCGCAUCUGCUACGCCUCCGCUGGCGCGCGUGGGAUCCCAUCGAGUCCAUCCGCGUGCUCGAAGACGCCACGGAUGCCGACUCCCCCCAGCAGUCCUACGGCCUGGCCACGCACCCCAUCGCCGCAGAGCCGCUCACCCUCCAGCCCGUGUCCACGAUGGUCGUUUCCAUUUCCUCCCAGGACAUGUGGGAGGAAGCCUGGCUCGCCGAGCACGGCACACACGCCGAUUUGGACGACGACGAGGGCCUGGAAUCUUUUGGCGCGCGCCUGGCCGUCCCUAACCCGACCGAUGACGAGUGGUGGAUGGUCGAGGACCUGGCGGAGGAGCAGGGCAAGGACGUGGACGACGAUGACUUUGAGAUGCCGGCCUGCAGGCGCGUCUACUGCGGGCUCGAUCGGCCGCCCGCCGAUGUGCCGCGUGCAACAAUCCACGGAACGGGCGACGGAGGGGUGCUUACCAUUGGCGACUGGAUUAAGGGCAUGCAUGCGCUGAUCGAUCGGGAGAGGGAAAACAUCCUGGCCUGUCGCGGCGUCAUGCACGGCGACUGCCAGUCCGACGUCCGACCCGAUGAGGUGCUGUACGUGGACCCGACCGUGAGAUUCGACGGCGUCGACCUCGUCGGCGACCGGGACGUCAUCUUGCAGUCGACAUCGCGCCCCCCGACGGGGUGGGACGACACGUUCCAGAGGUGGGCCGGGCAGCCGGCCAUCAGGGCGGCCGAGGCGGAGAGGAAGGCCCGAGAGGCAGCCAAAAUUGCCGCCGGUGUGCCGCCUUGUCUGUGCUGGCGGUCCAAGGAGCAGCCCUGCCCACACGCGACCAUGGCCGGCGCGCCGUGCCGGCCGAAUCCAGACACGUUCCCGUUGCACGCACCGGUUGGUCCGCCGAACAACUGGUGGGAGGUUGGCUGGAACGGCUACACCGGGGCUCCCCCGGAAGGCCAGUGA